AUGUUAAGAGACUUAAACCAACCACAAGGUGGUGAAGCAAAUGAAAUGUCAUAUGACGACAAGUAUAGACACUUCUCCAUGGCAAAGAUGAGACAAGUUUUAAAUAUUUACAAUAACCGUAAACAAAAAGGUUUGGGAAACCACUCCCCUGAAGAAAUGAAAAACAACCCUGACUUAGAGAAAGACUAUAUAUUUAAUAAUUUAGUCAAAAGAGACAAACAAGAAAGAAUGCCGGGCUUCAAACUUCAGAAAGGUGACAAAGUAAAAAUAGAAAUACCCAAACGCGACCCAUAUGAAAAUACUAUUGACUAUGACAACAAUGGGAACCCGACAGGUACUCACAUUCGUGUUCGUAAAAAUAGAAGAAAGUAUACAAGAGAAUAUUAUGAAGUUUUAGGCAAACAUGGCAAAAUGUACAGACUGCAAGCAGAAGAUAAAACUACUAUUGUCAGACCUCGUUUCAAACUUGUCAAAGUUCAAGGUGGUAUACUUUCAAAGACAGUUCCUAACAAAUAUAAGACAACUCCUGACGAAUAUGCUAAAGAAGUUGAAAAUGACGACUAA